AUGGACAAUUCACGCCCCUUCCAGCACAGCCAUGCUAACCAAAUGGACAACUCACAACAUCAACAGGCAUCCACAAACUACAAAGAAGCAUUCUCCCUCUUCGACAAGCGCGGCAACGGCCGUGUAGCGCUCGAUUCCCUAGGAGACCUGCUCCGCGCUUGCGGCCAGAACCCCACCUUAGCUGAGAUCAGAGAUCUGGAGAAGAGUAUUGGCGGAGACUUCGAUUUCGAAGCUUUCUCUAAAGCCCUUAACCGGCCAGGCGGAUUUCGCGAUCCUGGUGAGCCGGAAGAAUACUGCCGCGGAUUCCAGGUGUUUGAUAAGGACAUGACCGGAUUUAUUGGCGUGGGCCAGCUCCGUUAUAUCCUAACAAAUUUGGGCGAGAAAAUGACCGACGAAGAAGUUGAUGAGCUUCUUAAAGCUGUUGACACGAGUUCCGGAGAGAUCAACUAUACUGAGCUUGUCCGGACCAUCCUGGCCAACUAA